AAAUAAUUACUCUCAACCUAAUGUGGCAAAACAGAAGAUAUCAAAGUGAUUUCCUUUUUCAUACACCUGCUUCAAUAUGUGUAUUGUAUUCAUGGUGUGAUUUUAAGGUGUAAUAAUGUGUUUUAAGACUCUUGCUGCACUGUUUUCUUUUAGGUCUCAUGGCAGAGGACCCAACAGCGACAUAUUAUCGACUGAAAAACAGCUCAGUGUGUCUGAAUGUCAGGAAACCGCCACCAUAUAAACGUGGUGAAUGGAAAUUUAACACAAUAAUUAUUGCUGAUGAUACAGAAAUCAAUCCAAUAUACAAAGACAGAGUGGUUUAUAGUGCUGGAAACCUCUCCUUGUGUAUUAAUAACCUGGCUGAUACAGACACUGGCAUAUAUGAAGUCUCAUACCGCCAAAACUUUAUUACAAUGUCAGAGAAACAUCAAGUCAUUGUUCAAGAUGUGGUUCCCACACCUGUCAUUAUAAUGUCAAAGCUUGGCUCCAACCAGUCUGCUGGACUCUGCAGUAUCACAGUAAACUGCUCCAUCCAGGAUUAUUGGCUUUGGUCUGUUUGUGAUGAAGACGGCUGCAGAACAUCCCAGAAAUCAUUCAGUGAGGUCAACAUCACCAUCUUCACUGAGAACAGAGCUGUGGUCUGCAGAGGCAACAACCAUGUUAGCACAAAUAAAGCUUCUGAAAACUUAACACUGUGUUUUAAAUCUAAUAAAGAUGAAGAGAAAUCACAACAACUCAUACUAAAAGGAAGACUUAUUCCUGUUUCUGUAUUAAUUAUUCUUGGAGCAUUUUCUUUCUUUUUAGUUAAAACAAAAUACAAAUCCUACCAGUCCAGCCAGACCAGCAGCCCAAGAGAGGAAAUGAUCUCCAUGGAAAGCCACAAAGCAGAUACCAUCUACAACUGUCCAGAAGUGACGGCCACCAUGGAGGAGGCCCUCCAAACAGACUGACUCAGUUUACAGCAUGUUGUGGAAGCCAAACAAAUCUGCUACAUACACAGAACCACCAAGAGGUCAAACAAGAUCUGUGAACAGGGGGAAACAAAAGGAAACAGAACAGAAACAAAAAAAAGAAACUGAACAUUUUUUUUUAUUUCAGACAGAUACUCCAAAUAAUGACUAAAGCACUUAAAAAAUAAUAGCAACCCUCCACCAAGGUAUCUCACUCUGGUCAGUAUUUACUUUAAAAGGAUCUUGUAUAUAUUACUUUUGUUUUCUUUGUUCUUUUUAAACAUACUUUAAUACGUUUGUAGAAACAAGUGUAAAAAAAAAUACAAAGUACUGGAUUUUUUUCAUUUUUCCUCUUGAAACCCAUUUUGACAUGUUUGGCAUCAUUUUGACUGCAAAUGUUUGUUUGUUUUAUAUGGAUAUAUUACAUGUGUAGCAUUCAUUUCAUUGUUCAGUGAUGAAUUUCAAGUGAAAGCUUUUGAUCAUAAGUUUAUUUUGUUUUCCAAAAAUAAUAGUUAUUCAGAAACAGUUAUAACCUGUUAUUGUGAUGUACAUAACAAAGUCAUAA